AUGGAAUGUCAGGAGGUCAGAGAGUUGGACCAUGAUCAGGAGCAGCAGGAGCAAGGGCAGAGUGGAUGGCAGCGGGUUUCAUUAACCUUGAUCGCCCAAGAAAAAAACCUCAUUGCGCAGUUUCUUCUACAGCGAAGUAAGGCUGGAGUGCUGCCAAGAGGUUCAUUUACUGAGGCAGCCAAGAGAUUUGGCAUCCAUAAAAGGACAACAUUAAGAAUUUGGAAGGUCAGCAAGCAGCAAAUGGACAGAUGGGAACCUGUUAUAAUGAGGAGCAGAGCAUCAGGUUAUCAACACAAAGAUAAACUUAUGCUAUAUGAAGAAAAGUUUAGAAACCUGUCUAUGCUUGAGAGAUCAACCAUAAGGAAGGUUGCUUCUAAGAUGGAAGUAAGCAAGUCAACAAUUGGUAGAUUCAUUAAGAGUAGACAGUUAAAACCGCAUACAAGUGCUAUCAAGCCUACAAUGUCUGAAGCCAACAAACUUGCAAGGAUGAAAUGGUGUCUUUCUCAUAUUCAGCCAACAUUAGAAGAAGGUAAACUUCUUUACCAUUCAAUGCACAACAUAGUUCAUAUUGAUGAGAAAUGGUUCUACAUGACAAAGAUAUCAGACCGAUAUUACCUUUUGCCGGAUGAGGAUGUGCCGUAUAGGUCCUGUAAGUCCAAGAGAUUCAUCACUAAAGUGAUGUUCAUGGCUGCUGUCAGUAGGCCACUGUUUGGUAGUGAUGGGGAAACCAUAUUUGAUGGUAAAAUAGGCUUAUUCCCGUUCACAGAGGAAGUACCAGCCCAAAGAAGUUCUAAGAACAGGCCAAAGGGGACAAUUGAGACCAAGCCUAUUCAAUCCAUCAACAAGGAAGUCAUGACAACCUGUCUUCUAAACCAGAUUAUACCAACAAUCAAGGCCAAAUGGCCAGCCAAUGCAAGCAAGAAGAUUUUCAUCCAGCAAGAUAAUGCUGGAUGA